AUGUCCCCCCCCAAAAAAUACUACAAAGUCGCCGUCCUAAUCUUCAAGGGCGUCGACCUCCUCGACUUCACCGGGCCCCUCGAGAUCCUCUCCCACGUCUCCCACAACCACAACCCCGACGACCCAGACCUCGCCUUCACCAUCGACAUCAUCGCCCGCGACUCCAUCGUGCGCGCCAAAAACGCCCUCUCCAUCAACGCCGAUCUCGUCAUCGCAGACCCCGCCACCACGCGCAAACUCCCCGAGUACGACAUCUUGGUAUGCCCCGGCGCCCCACCAUCUGUCAUAGACGGUCUGAUCGCUUCUUCACACGACCAUCGCGACACUCCUGAAGUGGACCUCAUUCGCAGGUUCGCUGCGCUCCCCCGGAAGGAGGAGGGUGUCCCCCGCGUGGUCUUCUCCAUCUGCACGGGGGCCUUUCUGGUUGCCAAGGCGGGGCUGCUCACUGAUGGUGUGGUGGUUACUACCCACCACCGCGCGCUGGAGUCCUUGGGCCGGCUCUGCGCUGAGGUAAACGACCCCGCUGCUGCGCCGCCUACUAUUAUCCACCGCCGAUACGUCGACCAGGAGGUUAGCUCGCUGGGCGUUCGUCUGCUGACGGCCGGGGGAAUCAGCAGUGGGCUGGAUGCCUCGCUUCAUCUGGUUUCUCGGUUGAUCUCGCCCGAUAUGGCACAGUUCGUGGCCCGCGUGAUGGAGUAUGAUGUGGAAUUAAGCGAGUGA